AUGAAAUGGUCGUCUCUGCUUAAGGACAUCAAAGAGAAGGUCGGCUUAUCCCCGUCGCCGUCUCCGUCGGCUCUCUCCCCCAUCUCCUCCGCCGUCCCGGCUGCAGAUGCUGGAGGAGGAGCGGAUUCAGCUUUGCAGGGUAGAAAUGGUUCUUUGGCGGACACACGGUCCCCUGCCAGGUUCUUUCUCUCUCUCGCAAUCGUAUAAUCGCAUGUGUCUUUACGCUUUAAGGUUUCCUUUGUGUGCUCUGAUGCUUCGGCCUUAGUGUGAUCUUGUAAAUUUCAAGAUGCAUUUUACAUUUUGAAGACUUCCAUCUUCUCAUUAUUUUCAAUUUGUUUGGAGGAAGUCCCUCGCUUGAUCUUUUAUCAGUUAAGCCGAGUGCUUGGUUUCCAUUUAGAAUUGUCAGGUAACGGUGUAAAGUCUUACUCUUUUUGAAUGUCCUGAAUUUGAGUUGACAUCGAGAAUACAUUGUCGUGUGUAUCAACUAAGCAUAAAAAAUUAAUAUUUAAGGGUGAGGCACUGGUUAAAAAUAUUUGCCUGUCUAUUUCUUGACAACAUUUCACGUUGACACAAAAACUUGGGCAUGUAACAUUGAACAGAACUUAAUUUUGACGGCGCUUACUACUAUGGGAUAUAUCUCGGGUUGAUUUUAAGAUUUCAUAAACCAUUUCAGUUGAGGCGUCUGUAUAUUUCGAUCUGUUCGAGUAUGGUCUUAGGAAGAGAGACGGCUCUAAGUUUCCAUAUGCUGUUAUGGUGCUGGUUUGUGAUGAAAGAAUGAUGAGAGAGAUGAAAGCUUGCCUGACAGUGAUGAGAUGGGAACCGUGAUUUUAUAUGCCUUCAAUCUAAACAGCGCUGUUCUUGAAAAGGUAGUAUAUGGAUGAAGGUAGGGAAUAGUUUCUGGGCCAAAAUGAUGCCCAAUGUAAGAAAGGGGACAGCAGACAUGUUCUUGCUACUUUGUUUCUGGCAGAGUUUUAAGUAAUAAGAUCCUCUGAGUCAGCUCAGCGACUAGGAUGCCCUGCUCAAUGAUGCCUUCUCUGCCACACCUUUUUCCCCAGAGGGCAAAAUUAGGCAACUUUUUUGUAAUUUAUUUGUCAUGAUUAUUCUCAAUUAAUAUAUCUUUGGUUUCUAGCCAUGACGUUGGCGCUUGGAACCCCAAGUGAGUCUGUUUAGUUGUCUUCUCAUAGUUAAUGGCUGUAGGGAUUGAUUGUAGCAUAUCUGCAAAAAAUAAAAGAAUAAAUUAAGAAAUAACGUGAUAAAAGAAUUGAGGCAAGCACUAUUUUCAAAUCUUUCAUGCUUGCUGAAGUUUUUUUUCCUAAUCCAAGUGUAACCAUAAUAAAAUUCGUUUAUUGCUAAACUGGAUGACUAUCAUCCAGGUGCUUCAUCAUGUUAUCCUAGUGGCAAGUCAGCCACUAGCCAACGUGUCUUUGGCUUUUUAAUAACUGUGAGCUGUUAUUAUAUCUUGAAAUCUUCAUGCCAGAAUUCUCUUCAAUAUUCUCCGUGUUAUUCUUUCAGUAUUAUUUUUGAUUCACUAUAGUUCGUACUUGAUGUAUUGAGAAGUAUUUCUCUCUAGGUUUGGCGCUCAAAAAAGGAAACAUGCAUUGAUGCACUUAGAAGUGUCAAAUAAUUUCGGUCUUUGAGGUGUCACACUCAGAACAUGUCUCUCAAAAUGCUUGAUGUGGGUAGAAAAAAUCUGGUGGUUUAUUCUUUUAGGGCCUUGGCUCCCUGGAGAAAGACAUGAUCUGUAGACAAAGUAGAGGCAUCAUUUGUGGGGUCCAGUAACAUACUGUCUUACCUAUGCAUUUGGUGGCAUGAAUAAACUUGGACUCAAUGCCUUUUCUUCCUCCCUCUUAGGUCCAUACAGCAGGUAGCAUAAGGCUGGCUAGCUAUGGCAAGUUGUCAUUCUUUAUUCUGUAGCUGAUGGGUAUCUGUAGAUUUCUCUGAAGUUUUUCCUUUGUUCCAGGAAUGUUUUUCUCAGCAGUUAAUGAUGCCACAUUCUUCGAGCAGGCAAUGAACGAUUUAUUUUAAUCCACAAGUUAUGUGCCUUUUUUAUGUCUGUUUGAUACUGCUAUCCAUGACAGGAAAUGUGUUUUAAGGACCUUGUAUCAGCCUUUAUGUAAUGCAAGGCAGAGGAUUAUGAUUAGCAGUUGAAAAUAUUCAUUAAACAAGAUGCUCUGGGUUCAAAUAUCUGACAACGUCUGUAACAUUAUGUAUUCUUCGACUGUGUAAACAUUCAGAAAUUCAUUGUGCUUAUAGUUUUAUUUCAUGAAAAUUUAUUUGAGCUACAUUAGUUUAUACUUCGAUGAUAUAUUCCCAUUUCUUACAGCUUUCUUGUGGCUAAUCUUUGCCACUCUUCAAUUUCAAAUUUUUCUAUUUUCUGACACCGUCUUUAUGAAAAGUUAUUUUUUAUCUUCAAAUACUCUGUUCUUGUGACAAAUUCUGUUGGCGACUUUUCAAUUUUUGAUUAAUACAGAGACGGACAUGAACUGGAAUUGGACUUUAAGGGAUAUUGGGAAGAGUUCCGCACAUCCAGCUCUGAAAAGGUCUUUUUAAAAUUUUCUGAAUUCCUUGAUUUUAUUUAUGGCCUUUGUUUUUACUUAAGCAACUGGCUUCUUUUUAGAAACACGUUUGUAAAUUUGUACUAGAAAAAGUAGUUUUUGUUUUUUUUUGCAGGAGAAGGAAAAAUCCUUAAACAUGGCCGUGGAUCUAUUUUGUAGAUUAGUUAAGCAACAGAACAAUGUUGCUCGGUUAGUCACAACGUAUGUCCUUAUUUCUUCCCUCAGAUUCUUUUUAUUGUUUGACUAUUUUUUUGGUUGAUUAUUGACUAGUGUAAGAUUGUAUAGAUUAAAAUUUUAUUUUCAUAUAACAUCACUAUCCUGAAUCCCUGUGUUGUCAGGUCAUGCCUUACAGCUUUUCUUCUGAAAAGGCUUUGCUUAGCUAUUAGACUUCUGCAUUCAAUCACCGUGGUUAAGAAAGUACUUAAGAGUAUUAUCCUAUCAGCGUUCUAUUGAUUGUAAAAUUCCAUUGGCUAGUGUAUUCCAAUUCAAGUUAGAAGUUACGUUUCAAUUUUCCCUGCUCCCUCUGAUUUCUGAUACAUGGCCUACAUUCCAUAUUCUGUGUCAAUUUAUGACUUAAGGUAUUACAUUUUCCAUGGCUUUCUAUUAUGCACAGAUGAAUAUUUGCUUGUGAUGUUUUAAUUUUAUUUAUACACAGUUAAUUCACUUUCAUCGCGAAGUUUUAAUUUAUAUUCUUAAGAAAAUGAAAUUUAAAGCCUCCUUAUUGCGUGCACACCAAGGUGUUUGAAUUCUUUGGUCACCUUAGAAAUCUCGGUGUUAUCUGAAAAAGAGCCUAGUGGUCAUAGAACUAGCUGCAGAGUAGGGCAUGACAGUUUCUUAUUAUAUUUCUUUGCAGCUUGAUAACAGUCGAUGGGAAGGCACUGUUUAUAUUACACUCGUGUAGAUAAAUUUUGUCUUUUUCGUGGUGAUCAUCGGUAAAACAAGUGGUUAUAAUGAUUUCAUGAGCUGGACAUUUUCUGUCUGUAAUGGCCGGGAAGUGUAGAGAUGUUCUGUUUUUUCUGGUUACAUAACUUUCUGCUCUUGUGGCUUGUGCAAUAAUCCGAGUUUGUGACUUGAUGUUUUUAUUACCCCAGGUUAGUGGAAGCACACAUAUUUUCUUUCGUAGUUGGAAGAGCAUUUGUUACAGAUAUUGAAAAGUUGAGAAUUCAUAGCCAGGGCAAAUCUCUUAACGCUAUGAAAGUUAUGGGUUUCUUCUCUGAAUUGACUGAGGUUCGUUCUAAUUGUUUUUUGUCAGACUAUAUAAUUAUCCUUUAUCCCUCUUUGUAUUAAAGUGUUUGCCUUACAUUAUGAGUAUCCUGCAGGAUGGGCUAAACCCUGGUUCGAAUUUGCUUUUUGCUGUGGAAAUUCUUGUUACAGGGGUAUGACUAUUUUCUUGCAGAAUUUUUGUAUUAUGAUCUUUUUGUUUAGUUUUUUGUUCCCAUUUUGUAUUUUUUUUCUGAACCAUCACGACAUAAAUGAUCAUAGUCUUCUUCAUCUGCUUAUUGAAUGUUGAAUUAGCAUUAGUUUUGCUUUAAGAAUGCUCGCAACGAGCAUAAACUUCACAAUGCAGCAAUAAUAUAGCAAAAGUGAGACUUAAUUGUAGAAAUUCGAUGGGAACAAGCUUUAUUUUCAUUUUGAAUCAGGAGGAGAAAAUGUUUCACUUAUUGAUAUCUAGCAUACUGACUUGUGUUCUGACUGUGUUAAUUUUCAAUUUCAGUGAAUUUCACUGAAUCUCAAAAAUCUGUAGAGAAAAUAAUACCUUAUUUAUUUUGGAUGUGUUACUGUCUGGUUGGAAUGCUCUUUGAAUUCUACUCUUGUUCAGAAAUUGGUGGCAUCUGAAUCUUGAUAUUUGUUUGAAAAAGUAACUGUCCUAAUGCACUUUAAUUGUAAAGAAGAAAUCAUGGAAAAUCCAAGAUUCAGUAUGCAGCUUUUUUGGCAAUUUUGAAAGUUUAACUCCUAAAAUUUUUAUUUUUUCAGCAAUUAAUAAAUACAGCUUGAUGAAUCAUUUUCUUCUUCUUCAGAUGAAUCAAACUAAGACUCUGUUUAAUUGUAUAAGAUAAAUGGACAUUCUUGGACGCAUUAUUCUGUACCUAUUUUUCCUUCUCUUACUGUUUCAUUUUCUCUUUCUCCUAUAGCUAUUUUUCAUUUUUUUUCAACACUUGAUUCGAUUUCAUAUAUAUGUGCCACUCAUUGAUGCUUCAAGUGCACAUGCACACAACCGCUCAUAGUUAAAAAAAAUAUUAUCUCAUGAAUUAGUGACUGGAUAUUCACAAGGUGAUUUGAUGUCAAUGCUUUGUUUUAUUAACAGCCAAUUGAUAAACAGCCUUUGUUGGAUUCUGGGAUUCUGUGCUGUCUUAUUCAUAUUCUCAAUGCCCUUCUAAACCCUGAUGAUGCGAAUCACCAUCAACUCAUGGCCGAUUCAGAAGUAUCGACUUCAAAUGUAAAUGACAAUGAUAGGAAUGGUACAUACAUGCAUCAACUUGAGGUAGGUUCCUUGGCUAAUUUCAUGCAGUUAUAUUAUGCUAACGUGUGAAUUGUGUUUGACAUCUGAUACAUCAAUUUUGUUUUUCUGAUUUGUCCAAGCCUUUAUCGUGAAGAGAUUUAGUGUAGAAUUUUCAUUUUGGAUGUAGAUCAUCCUACAACUCUUUCUUUCUAAUUUUUGACCUUGUUUUUUGCUGUGGUUUUCUGUGCCAAAACAAUUGUUCAUCUGAAAAUUUUGGUAAGAAUGCCUUCAUAUUUAAGUGUACCAAAGCAAUGGUCGGUGUUCACCAUCUUAUAUCUAGAAAUUGUCUUAAUUUAAAGGCAUUUAAAAAAGAGAGUCAAUAAUAUCUACUAAUUUAUAUGUAAAAUAAUAUAUAGUUAUUAAUAUUUACAUAACAUAGGUCGGGAAUAUGAGGUGAAAAAAUAGAUACUUCAUUAUAAAUACCUUUUAAUUAAAUGAUAUUUAGUUUUGUCUCCUUCUGAACUAUUUUAAACUAAAUAAUCCAAACUUUUUUUAUAUUUUAAAAUUGAAUAAAUAAUAUGAAACACAUUCAAUAUAUUGAUGUGCAAUAUACAUGAUAUAUGUAUAAAUAAAGCUGGAGAGAGAGAGAGAGAGAGCUGCAUUGUGCCAGAUUCCAGUUCAGCCAAAGCAAACCCUGCUUCGCCAUUGCAGACCAGUGGUUUAUUUUAAUGUUUGGCUGAAUCUCUUGGAUCCUGUUUGCAGAAUAUGAUCCCAUUUGAUCUGAAUAGGUUGGAUUUAAGAAUUGUGAUGACAUUGUUUUCCGUGUGACUUGUUUAUGACAGUGAACUGUGGCGGUUUCUCAGAUACAUUUGGACCUGUUUAUUUUCCUUUGUGUCAUGAUUUUUAAGUUAUGAAUUACAUAUGAUUUUCACAUUCACAUAGGCUAUCGUGUUUGGAUUUUUAAGCCAAUUUAAGCUUAGAAAACCUUUACAAUGGGUUCAACAUAGCCUCCAUGGCCAGUCGUCAUGAGCACGUAAGUGUGACACCCCUGAUCACCUCUGACACCAACACCUUGGUGGUCCAAACAUGCCUUGUUCUACAGUGCUCGCAGAAGUUGCGCGCACUCUUUGGGUUUUUAAGCUGCCUUAAUGACGUCCUAUUGUCUAGGCAUUACGUCUGGAUGACUUCUUAAAUCCUAUGAUACAUCAUCUAUAAAACUUCAAAUGGUUUGUAGGCAUGGGCUCAACUUUAUAUGUUUAGAUUACUAAAGUGCUGAAAUCAAGCUUAGUGCUGUCUUGUGUUUGAGCGUUGAGUAAGUCAUUACUUUCAAAAUUAUUGGGGACGAUUAAAUCAAAAUUUCAAGGUUAAUAUGUAGCUUGUUUCGGUCUAGAGGUCUGAAAAGGAUAGAAAAAAAAGCUUUUCUAUCCGACUUUCAGUCAUAUGAAUCCUAAGUGAAUUUAUCCUUCAGGCAUGCAAGAUAGAUGGUGCAUAAGAGAUUUCCGUGAAAGAAUGUAGAUUGCAUCAAUUCACAAAGGCUAGAGGAUAUAGAUGUGAGGAAAUGGUAAACAAUUUACGUGUUUAAUCAUUUCUAAGUAGUAUGAAUUUAAAGCUAAGGUUGGCUAUGUACAUUGCUUUUCUGAAAAAUCGGAAGUAGACAGUAACUUUGAAGGACUAGGAGUGGAAUAUCUCAGUUUUUCCGCUGAACAAACUCUUUACCUCUUGGUUGUUUUCAAAUGAUUGAUUGAAGGGCUUUCUGGUACUUCUGAAAUCAACAGAUAAAGGGUCCUACUGCAGGUAAAUCAAUGCACCUUGUUAGCAUAGAAGCCUUGCACACCAAAGUUACCUAAUAACAAAACAAAGCAUGGAUUUAACAAAAGAGAAAUAAAUUCAUUGCACUCUCCUCUAUACUAUUUUUCUGCAGUGUGCUCGUCCUAGGCAGCCUCUUGGAAGGCUACUAUCUAUCGCUUCAUACUUUUCAUAAAAUUCUGAUCUAUAACGAUCUACAUUCUAUGUCAAUUCUAUCUCAAAAUAACUGUAUUUAAUGAUAUUCGUAAACAGUUCACUCAAGGUCAAAAUAAAGAGUCUUCCAAGAGCAACAUUUUAUUUGUAAACAAGAACUACCUUUUGAUAUAUCAUGCCAAUUAGUGCAGCUACAAUAAUAAGUUAAUUUCAAAUGUAUAGCUUACGGAUAUUCUGGGAUUACUUUAUUAGUGACUCGUCAGUUAGGCAGGUAAAAUCUGAUUAGUGGAGGGGGGGAGCUACAUUUCCUUUUUGGUCCAUAGGAGAGAACUUGACACUGCAGAAUGUAGGGGUUCCCUCUGGGCGAGACCUAUGCAGUUAAAGGCAAGCAAUCGUGAGAAGAAAUAUCGACAGUUAAAGAAAUAUUUGCCAUUGAAGGCAAAAAUGUGUGAUGCUGUAGAAUGAUGAGUCACCAUAGAUGCAUGAAACUUCUUUCAUGUAGUGUAACUGUGGAAUAUGUCAGUGUUCCUUAGAUUCAUGAAGAGUUGGGAAAAACCAGAAAUCAAAGAUCGUUUAAAUAAUCAUUAGUAACUCAGGAUUUUUGAAUUCAAGUAGAUCGAAUUAGGCAUCAACAGUUACUCAUAAUAGUAGGAAACAAAAAACAAGGCAUUAUACAUCAUUAAAUUAGGCAUCAGUUGAAAGCAUGCUAUGGAAAAGCAACAUUUUAUCAUAAAAGGCGUCAAAUUAUCAAUAAACUAAACUGACCGGGUAGGACUGUUAAGAGUUUACGGAAAAUUGGAUCUAAACAUGAUACCAUUCAAUUAGAACAUAAAUAGCAUGCAACAUAGGUGAAAGGAGUUGUGGGAAAUCAAUGUGAGACAGCUAGAUAAAUAUUUUUUGGAAAAGAAACAUUAAAAACAAGGAUGUCUGUAUUUAUAUACCGGCAUACUGAUUCAUACAUAUACAUAUCCAUAUUUUUAUGAGAGGGAGAGAAAGAUAUUUUUUUGGUGUAUGUUUGACGUGGUGGGUUUGAAGUGGUUUUGCACUACCUAGCUGUGUACAUCUUACUUUUCUGGAUGUAUAACGAAUGAUGUGGUUUGUUAUUUCAUUUAAUAUUAUCUAUUUUCCUGACAAUAUAGACGCAAUGAGGAAAAUAAGAAUCCAAAACUCCAAGGAACUUCGAAAAAUGGAAAAAUAAUUUUGAAUUUUUUUCCCUAAUGAAAACUUGCUCAUACCCCAAUUCCUUCCAAGUGUCACUAAAUAACGGAAAAUCUCUUUUGUUUCUUGAAUGCCAUUAGCUUUAUUGGAAUGUAUAAUUUAAUUUCUGCUUUGUAUGAUUUGCUUACAAAAGUUCAUCUCCUUAAGAUUUUAGUUGAAUACCUGAGGCAUGCAGUUCUGCUGAUUGUUGAUCUUUUGUUGUUUAUUUUUUUCACAAGGAUCGAACGAUUCAUUACAUGAACUCGAACAGAGUCUAGUGUUUUCUUCCUAACGAUUGCAUGUCCAAAUUGUUUGCGGGUGUAUAAAAUUUAUGUUAAACCCAUUCAUGGACCUAAUUAAAUCUGUGUUUUCUUAUUUGUACAUUUAAUACUUUCUUUUUACGGCUUUAUUCAUAUUGAUGUAGCUGUUUCAACAUAACAAUGUUCUCUCUUUAUGUUGAUGAUUGCAAUGAAUUGCCUGUUCUUUGCUUCUUCUCUUGUAUAUUAGUUUCUACUCUUAUAGCCAUUUUUUCUAUUGCCUGAAUACUGAGAGCCUUCUCAGAAACACGUUUUGACUACUACAGUAUUUUUGUUCCAUGACCUUUUUGGGAGUUAGUUCAAAGACAAACUUCCAUUCUCUUACCCUUUCUGGAACAGGAUUUGGAUUUGUUAAACGUAAAUCUUACAGGAGAUAAGUAAAUCUUGCCAUGCAAGAUACAGCUUAGUAAAGGUUGACUUUUCUGAUUAUGUUGCAAUUUCGCAGGUAGAGGGAAUUGUAGUGCAUAUCAUGAAGGCUUUAGCCAGCCAUCCUUCAGCUGCAGCAAGUCUGAUAGAGGAUGACUCACUUCAGCUUCUGUUUCAAAUGGUUGCAACAGGCUCUCUGACUGUUUUUGCACGGUUUAGGGAGGGACUUGUCCCUUUACAUACUAUUCAACUUCAUCGACAUGCCAUGCAGGUAGAUUAUUAAGAGAUUUUUAUGCUCUCGAGUUCUUCAGUGUGAAUGACGACCAUAUGUUCUAAUUUGGUUUCAGAUCCUUACAUUUUCUGUGAUGAGUAUUUCAGCAAAAUCUUGUAGAGUUAUGAAUUUGAAUGAAAAUUUCGAUCAAAAAUAGUGAAACAGUAGAAAAAACUUACUGUUUCUUCCAUGCUACAGAUUCUUGGACUUCUUCUGGUCAAUGAUAAUGGCAGCACUGCAAAGUAUAUACACAAGCAUCACUUGGUAUGCCGUUUUGAUUACAUAUUUUGAAUAGUUAUUUCUUUAAUGGUUAUCUCUUUCUUUGUUCUUGACAAAUCAGUAGUUUGGAUUGGUCAUAAACUGAUUUUAAAUCUGACUCAAUGAACUUUACAGUGUUCUAAUGUUCUGUUUUUCGAUACUACUUUUCAAAACAACUUGGAUGUUAGUUAAACAUUGGUCGUCUUCUUUUCCACUUCUCUUAUUUCUAAUAUUUUUUUUGUUCCUUUUUGGGAUUUACUUAAAUCCCUCCAGACGACAAGGGAGGGGGAGGGGGAGAGAUAUAGAUGGCAAUAGCGACAAUUGCUUGUAUCGUUUCUAUUGUGUUUUCUUGCCUCUCUUACCUGAGAGGCAAUAAUGACAAUAAUGAGAGAGAAAAAGAGCUGGGGCAUGUAGAAGUCCGAGUGAUCCAAGGGAAAAAGGUGUGGGCACUAGAAACAGAGCAUGGCCCCAGUCAUCGAACUUUCAAAUAUUGAACAAGCUCCAGGUUUAGUGAUGCAGUCAGGAGAGGAGUUACAAUGCCAGCCAAAACCUGAGGGACGAGUCACUUCUCUGGGUGGAUGAGUGCAAUUUGGACGUAAACUUUUCAGUUGUUGGUUGCAGCGAAGUGCGUUUUCAAUGUAUAUUCUUUAUUCUGUUCUCACUGUCCUGAAAUUAACACAUUUGUUAAAAUGUGCACCAUCGUUUUACUUUCCAGAAAAAUAAAACAUUAAGACUCCUGGGAGCCAGUUGUGAGUUAUUUAUGGUGUCAUGGCUGGCACAUGUUUUGCCUCCAUCUAUUAUGUAUUGAUAUCAUGGUACAAAGGUUUUUCACUCAAUUGACGAAAAUAGAAUUUAAAAUGUGAAUAUAAAUUACAAGAAAAAUACAUUUGUUUGGAUCUGGCUGUGUUCUGAUUCAAAAGCCUUAGUAGUUAUUGAGUUUUCUUAUGAUUCCCUUUUGUUUUGUAGAUUAAAGUUCUGCUAAUGGCUGUCAAGGACUUUGAUCCAGAGACUGGUGACUCUGCAUAUACCAUGGGAAUCGUUGACUUAUUGCUCGAGUGUGUAGAAUUAUCAUGUAGACAAGGUAAGCAGCAAUCAUUUUCUUUUUUCUUCCUUUCAAAUAUCUUUAUUCUGGUGUGGCAUGAAUUUCCGUUUUUCACCGGGUGUUGUAGUUCAGGUUAUUGGGUUUUUUUCUCUUUAAAUUCCUGAUACUUAAUAAUUCUGUUUUGUUUGGUACAUUGUUGAUAUAUAUGUUUUUUCAUUUCUAUAAACUUGCAGAGGCUGGUUCCAUUAGGCUCAGGGCGGAUAUUCACAAUGCUCAUGGGUAUCAGUUUCUUGUUCAGUUUGCACUGAAGCUUUCUGGCUUACAGAAAAGCCAGGUUCCUCAGACUCUUCGCUCCAAAUCUUCCUUGGGAGAAAAUUCUAGCACAGACAGUUCCCAUGCUUCUCCAACUGUUGUUCAAAAGAAUUCCUUGAGCAGAGGGGACAGUUCACCUCCACAGCUUUCCCCAUCACUUUCCAGAUUGCUGGAUGUUCUUGUAAAUUUAUCCCAAACUGGUCCCUUGGAGCAUGCAGUUUUGGGCAGUGGAAAAGGUUCGAAAUCAUCUUUUGGCAAGAUUGGAGGCCAUAACCGAAGCCGUACACCAUCAAGUGAUAGAAUUGGAGAUGAAAUUUGGGAAAAGGGUAAUGCUAAGGUUCGUGAUCUAGAGGCUAUUCAAAUGCUUCAGGACAUCUUUCUGAAAGCAGACAACAUAGAUCUGCAAGCCGAGGUGCUAAAUAGAAUGUUCAAGAUAUUUUCAAGUCACCUUGAGAAUUAUAAGUUGUGCCAGCAGCUUAGGACAAUGCCUCUCUUUAUCUUGAACAUGGCAGGGUUUCCCAUGUCACUGCAGGAAAUUAUAUUAAAAAUCCUUGAAUAUGCUGUUACAGUCGUAAAUUGUAUCCCUGAACAGGAGUUGCUUUCACUUUGCUGCUUACUGCAGCAACCAAUUUCUUCUAGUUUAAAGCAUACAAUUCUUUCCUUCUUCGUCAAGUUAAUGUCCUUUGAUGAACAAUACAAGAAGGUACUACGAGAAGUUGGUGUUUUGGAGGUUCUAAUAGACGAUCUAAAGGAACACAAGUUUGUGUCAGGAGGGGAGCAGCAAAAUAAAUUUUCAGGCAGUUUGGAGAGUAAAUCCAGUUCUGACAGUUUUAAGAAGCAUUUGGAUAGCAAAGAUGCCAUCCUUUCUUCACCAAAGAUAAUGUGUUCAAGUUCAGGACGGUUUCAUGUGUUUGAAGAUAAGGGCACAGUCACUGUUGCAUGGGAUUGUCUUGUAUCUUUGCUAAAGAAAGCAGAAGCUAGUCAAGCAACAUUUCGAUUGUCAAAUGGAUUUACCACGGUUCUUCCAUUUCUGGUAUCAGAUAUUCACCGAAGCGGAGCUCUUCGGUUGUUAUCAUGUCUGAUUAUUGAAGAUGCCACGCAGGUACAUCUUUUUUUUACUCUAUGCGCAGGUAGCACCCUACCAAUUGUCCGGUUUCUUUCUAGGAUAUAACUAUCUGAAGUGCAAGAUUCAGGCCAGCCUUGAAAUUAUUCAAAUAAAAUAGGAUGCUGGCACCUGUGUGUAAUGGUCGUUUUUCUUCUUUCAGGUUCAUCCUGAGGAACUGGGAGCAUUAAUUGAAAUUCUAAAAAGUGGAAUGGUGGCAAAUUUCUGGGGAACUCAGUACAAACUUAAAAAUGAUGCGAAGUGUGACAUUUUGGGUGUGUUGUGGCGCAUACUCGUUGCAAACAGUGCAGCACAAAGAGUUUUUGGAGAAGUGACUGGGUUCUCCCUUUUACUUACAACUCUUCAUAGCUUUCAGAAUAAUGAUGAUCAUGCUGGCCUUCGAUUAUCUGUAGAGACUCACAUGAAAGUUUUCUUCUUUUUAUUCCGUGCUAUCACUGCUGGUGUUAGCAAUAAUGCCGUUAAUCGUGUACGGCUGCAUACAAUCAUAUCAUCCCAUGCUUUUUAUGAUCUUUUAUGUGAGUCUGGUUUGCUAUGUGUGGAUUCUGAAAAGCAAGUAAUUCAGUUAUUGCUUGAGCUUGCACUUGAAAUUGUUCUUCCCCCAUCCAGCAGUGUGGCAGUAGAUAAUGUUUUUUCCACACCUUCCGAUGAAGCUCAGUCAAUAAAUUUUCUCUCAGCUGAAUCUCUUAGUGCAAAUAGCACUGACAAAGAAAGGGUUUACAAUGCAAAUGCUGUGGGGGUAUUAGUUCGUUCAUUGUUACUCUUCACCCCUAAGGUGCAGCUGGAGUUGCUUGCCUUUAUAGAAAAGCUUGCAAAUGCUGGCUCCUUUAAUCAGGAGAACUUAACAUCUAUAGGUGUGGAAUCGUCUAACUUGUACCUUUUCAACAUUUCUUGUUGAUGCAUUCAUGUUAUGUAUGUCUCACUCGGAAUUGUCUGUAAAAUAGGUUGUGUGGGAAUUCUACUGGAGAAAAUCAACCCAUUUCUUAUGGGAACACCUUCUCCAUUACUUACACAUGCAUUACGAAUUAUUGAGCUGCUUGGAGCUUACAGGUAACUAACAUAUUUUCCUCGAAGGGAAGGAUAUCCGUUUGUGUAGCUUCAACUUAUAUACCAUUUAUUCGAAUUUUUUAUAUGUUCUACCUUUGACAGGCUGUCUUCUUUGGAGCUACGGGAGCUUAUAAGAUACGUCCUUCAGACGAAAUCAACUAGUUCUGGUCAUCGUCUUGUGAAAAUGAUGGAACGGUUAAUGCAAAUGGAAGAUACAAGGUUAAACAAUGUGCCGCUAUCAUCUUUUUUGGAGAUGGAUAUGAGUAGAAUGGGCCAUGCAUCUGUCCAAGUAUCCUUAGGGGAAAGAACAUGGCCUCCUACUGCUGGGUAUUCUUUUGUGUGCUGGUUUCAGUACCAGAGUAGAAGUUCAACUAACGAACAAGAAUAUUCCCUGAUAACUGUGUCUGGCACAAGAAGCACAUCCACUGGACAGCAGUCUGGAGGAUACAUUCUCCGUCUUUUUUCUGUGGGAGCCAUUGAUGAUAGCAAUGUAUUCUAUUCGGAACUUAUUCUCCAAGAAAAUGGUGCUCUAACUCUUGCCACCAGUAACUCUUGCUCGUUGUCAUUUAAUAAUGUUCAGCUAGAGGAAGGCAGAUGGCAUCAUCUUGCAGUUGUUCACAGUAAACCUAAUUCCUUGGCUGGACUAUUCCAACCUAGUAUAGCAUAUCUUUAUGUUGAUGGAAAAUUAAGGCACACAGGGAGGCUUGGAUAUUCACCCUCUCCCUUUGGAAAGGCGUUGCAGGUAGUUAUAGGGACACCAGCCUCUCAUGCGAAAGUUGGCAGCCUAUCAUGGAGAAUUCGGUCCUGUUAUCUGUUCGAGGAGGUGCUAACCCCUGGUAGCAUAUGUUUCAUGUACAUUCUCGGUAGAGGUUACAGAGGGAUAUUUCAAGAUGCAGAUCUCUUGCAGUUUGUUCCAAACCAAGCAUGCGGUGGAGAUACUAUGUCUAUUUUGGAUUCCCUUGAUUCUGACCUUGCCGUUGCUACAAAUGUGCAAAAAGUUGAUGGUAGUGGUAAGCAGGGAAAUACCAAAGUAGAUAGAAGUGGGGUUGUUUGGGAUUUUGAAAGAUUGAGCAAUCUUUCUUUACAACUGUCCGGGAAAAAGCUCAUCUUUGCAUUUGACGGAACAUCUUCAGAGGCAUCUAGGACAUCUGGAACACGGUCUCUAUUGAAUCUAGUCGAUCCAAUGUCAUCUGCUGCUUCUCCAAUUGGAGGUAUGCAUAUCCUUGUUGAUUUAAUGUUUGAUGUAAUGUUCAGCUGGCCUUUUUUGUUAGCUAUUCAAACCAUCAUUCAAUUCGACAGAACUUUUUGAAUAUUCAACGUGUCGUAUCUCAUUUAAUAAACCAUAUAUUCAUCGUGAAGGUGUCAAAACUGAUGUUCUUUGCGUGUAGGUAUACCACGUUUUGGACGUUUGCAUGGAAAUAGUUAUAUUUGCCAUCAAUGUGUGAUUGGAGAUAGCAUCCGCACUCUUGGGGGUGUAGCUGUUAUUCUUGCCCUUAUUGAAGCUUCUGAAUCUCGGGAAAUGCUUCACAUGGCUUUAUCUCUGCUUGCUUGUGCGCUUCAUCAGAAUCCUCAGAACGUUGAUGACAUGCAAUCCUAUAGAGGCUACCAUUUACUUGCAAUAUUCUUGCAUCGCAGAAUGCCAUUGUUUGAUAUGCAAUCACUUGAUAUAUUUUUUAAGAUUGCAGCAUGUGAAGCUUCCUUUCCUGAACAACAGAAAUUUCCUCCAAAUAGGCACCCUUCUUCACUAGGCGUUGUUAGCCCAGAUGCGAGUUUUGAAUACUUUUCUGCACAUAAAUUUUCGGAUGAAGUUUCUUCUACUGGAUCACAUGAAGAUUUGGAUGAUUUCUCUGUGCCAAAAGACUCGUUUGGUCGUCUUUCUGAGCUUGAAAGCAGUGACUUACAUAUUGAAUCUUCAAAUUGUGUUGUGUUGUCAAAUGCAGACAUGGUUGAGCAUGUUCUACUGGACUGGACUCUAUGGGUCACAGCUCCCGUGUCAAUUCAACUUGCAUUGCUUGGGUUCCUUGAACGAAUGGUUUCCAUGCAUUGGUACAGAAAUCACAACCUUACAAUUUUGCGGCGUAUUAACCUUGUACAACAUUUAUUGGUAACUCUGCAACGGGGUGAUGUGGAUGUUAAUGUUCUUGAGAAAUUGGUAGUUUUGCUUGGUGUUAUUUUAGAGGAUGGGUUCUUGGCCUCCGAGUUGGAAAUUGUUGUUAGGUUUGUUAUUAUGACAUUUGACCCUCCCCAGCUGGCAUCACGCCAUCAGAUUCUGCGGGAGCCGAUGGGAAAGCACAUAAUUGUCAGAAAUAUGCUGCUUGAAAUGUUGAUUGAAUUACAGGAAACUAUCAGAUCUGAAGAAUUGCUUGAACAAUGGCAUAAGAUUGUAUCAUCCAAGUUGAUUACAUACUUUCUAGAUGAAGCUGUGCAUCCUACAAGUAUGAGAUGGAUCAUGACUCUUCUUGGAGUCUGUCUUGCUUCUUCCCCAACGUUUUCUCUCAAAUUUCGCGGCAGUGGAGGUUACCAGGGUUUGACUCGUGUGCUUUCAAGCUUUUUUGACUCACCAGAAAUAUAUUAUAUCUUAUUUUGCUUGAUAUUUGGCAAGACUGUUUACCCAAGGGUGCCAGAAGUCCGUAUGGGAGACUUUCAUUCUCUUAUGCCUGGUGAUGGGAGUUAUGUGGAGUUGAAGUUCAUAGAUCUCUUGGACUCUGUGAUUUCUAUGGCAAAGUCGACAUUCGAUCGAUUAAGCAUGCAGUCAAUGCUUGACCAACAAAGUGGCAACAUUUCAAACAUUGAAAUUUUGAUGGCUGAAUUUGUAGAGGCAGCAAGUGAUAGUGGGGGCGACCUUCAGGCUGAGGCACUUAAGCAUAAAACGUCUGCACGUUUAAUGGGAGGGGAAGCAGCUGCUCCUGCUGCUGCUACAUCUAUACUACGAUUCAUGGUUGACUUGGCCAAAAUGUGCCCCCCUUUCUCUGCUGCAUGCAGGCGUACAGAGUUUCUUGAAAGUUGUGUGGAUCUUUACUUUUCUUGUGUGAGGUCUGUCCUUUUGAUUAUUUCCUUUUUCAUAUCUUUCAUCCUUUUUUAAAAAAUAUUUACCGCACGUGGCUGCAUAGAAUAAAUGUGGGAAUCAGCACUUAUGAUUCAGAUAGCUUUCUUCUUGGUGCCAACUAAGCUUGCUGGUAGUCUUGAAGCUUUUUUUCCUCUCAUUCCAUUCUUUGUGAUUGGUUUGGAAUGUUUAAGUGCUCUCGAUGUCUAAGUGUGUUUUGGUUGAAAAAAGUUGUGGGGUUGAUAGCACAACAGUUGGUGGUUAUGAUGAUCUUGAUCUUGAACAAAUUAUCUUGCUUUGUUUGUAGAUCAUCUCUCUAUUGCACGAUUCAGAGGUCAGCUAACUUGUGGUUUCACUCUGUUUCUUUUGAAUAACUUUUAUGUUGUGAUUGCAGGGCGGAUUAUGCUGUCAAGAUGGCAAAAGAUCUCACAACCAAAGCAUCUGAUGAGAGGACAUUCAACGAAACUGAUUACUGUAGGCAUGGUUUCCUAAGCUUGUCCCAUGAGGAGGAACAAUCGUCUAAAACGUCCAGGCUGCAAAAAUAUGAUUCAGAUGAUCAUGUAACUGAAAGCGUUUCACCACAUCCUGGGGUUGGUAAGUCAUCUGUGGAUAAAAUCGAGCAAGAUAUUCUUUUUGACGCUGUAAAUAUUGAAAAGAUUUCUUCAGCCAGUUCUGGCACCCAUGAUGGUAGUCUUCAUGAUUCCAGUGGGAUCACAGAUACUAUUCCUUCGAAAGAUUCAUUCACAUCUUCAUCUGUUCCAAUGCCUGGUUCUCCUGUAUUUUCUGAAAAGACGAGCUCCAAGAUGGCUUUAACUUCAUCUCCUGUGCUGGCACUGACUUCUUGGCUUGGCAGUAGAGGAAGUCAAAAUGAAUCAAAAGUCCAACUAAGUGGUACGCUAUCCAUGGGUUCUUCAGUAUCAGUGAAUGAAUUCGAUAUGCCACCAGAUUUAAGAGUCAGUUCUCAUGGAUCAUCUGCACCAAAUCUUUUAUUCCCUCUUAGCCCUAAACUCUUACUAGAGAUUGAUGACUCAGGCUACGGGGGGGGACCAUGUUCAGCAGGAGCCACUGCCAUUCUUGAUUUCAUUGCAAUAGUACUUGCUGACAUUGUUUCAGAACAGGUUAAAGCUUCUCAGUAUGUUGAGGGCAUCUUGGAAACAGUCCCCAUGUAUGUGGAUGCAGAUUCUGGAUUAGUUUUCCAAGGGUUGUGCCUGAGUAGACUAAUAAACUUCCUAGAGCGGCGCCUGAUACGUGAUGAUGAAGAAGAUGAGAAGCGACUUGAUAAGGGUCGCUGGUCGGUGAACCUGGAUUCCCUGUGUUCAUUGAUUGUGGAUCGGGUAUACAUGGGUGCGUUUCCCCAGCCAUGUGGAGUACUAAAAACAUUGGAGUUCUUAUUAUCUAUGUUGCAACUUGCGAACAAGGAUGGCCGAAUUGAAGAAGCUAUGCCAUCAGGGAACGUUAUUCUGUCUAUUACAAGGGGAACCAGGCAGCUCGAAGCAUACGUACAGGCACUUCUUAAAAGUACAAACCGCAUGAUAAUGUAUUGUUUUCUACCUUCGUUUUUAGUGACUAUCCAGGAGGACGAGUUUCUAUCACGUUUGGGUUUCCAAACAGAAUCUAAGGUUGGUGUGGUUGUGAGUGUUUCAAAUGAUGAAUCUGCUAUUGAUAUUUGUACCAUCUUGAAAUUGUUGACUGCUCACAAGCGCCUGAUUUUCUGCCCCAGUAAUGUUGACCCAGAUCUGAUGUGCUGUCUUUGUAAAAAUUUAAUUUAUCUUCUCCAAGAUCAGCGACAAAGCGUCCAAAGUUUUGCUGUAGAAAUACUGAAGCAUCUGUUGUUACAUCGCCAACCAGCAAUGAUGGAGUUGCUGGUUUCAAAGGCCAAUCAAGGGCUUAACCUGGAUGUUUUUCAUGGUGGUUUUGAUGAAUUACUAAAAGGAAGCACAUCUUUAUUUUUUGACUGGUUUCAUGACUCUGAGCAGACUGUCAGCAAAGUUUUGGAACAAUGUGCUUCCAUUAUGUGGAUGCAGUAUAUCAAUGGAGCUUCUAAGUUUCCUGGAAUAAGAAUUAAAGGUAUGGAAGGCCGACGAAAGAAGGAAAUGGGAAGAAAAUUACGGGAUACUUCCAGGCUAGAUUCGAGGCAUUGGGAACAAAUUAAUGAGCGGAGAUGUACACUGGAUCUGCUUCGUGACUCCAUGUCAACUGAGCUAAGAGUCAUUCGGCAGGAUAAAUAUGGAUGGGUUCUUCAUGCAGAGAGUGAGUGGCAAACCCAUCUCCUACAACUAGUGCAUGAACGGGGAAUAUUUCCAGUUCGAAUCUCCUCCUCAGAACCCGAAUGGCAACUCUGUCCUAUUGAGGGACCUUACAGAAUGCGUAAAAAGUUUGAGCUCUGUAAGCAGAAAAUUGGCACAAUCCAAGACGUUCUUAGCAAUGGUCUUAAGAUGGACUAUAAAGACAGUGUUAGAGAAACAUACAUGAAUGACUUGGGUACUUCAGAAUCUGAUUCAGAACCAUUUUUCAAUCUUAACAAUGAUGGUAUUAGUGAGGAUAACAUUGAGCACAGCGAGUACCAUGAACCUCUGCUCAAAGAAGUUAAUGAAUUCAAAGUUAAAGACUCAUCACCUGAUGGAGAUUGGAAUGAUGAUCAAGGUAGCAGCCUGAAUGAUGCCAGUAUUCAUUCUGCUACUGAUUUUGGCGCCAAGUCUAGCCUCAAUUCUGUUCAAAUAACUGAUAGCUUUGCUUCAAGAUCUGAUGUCGUUUCACCAAGACAGUCAUCCUCCAUGAAGAUCGAAGAGAGAAUUACAGAUGACAAAGCAGAUAGAGAAGUUCAUGAUAAUGGUGAAUAUCUAAUCAGGCCGUUUCUGGAACCUACGGAGAAAAUAAGAUUUAAAUACAACUGUGAGCGUGUUGUUGGUCUGGAUAAACAUGACGGUAUAUUCCUUAUUGGAGAUUUAUGCCUCUAUGUUAUCGAGAAUUUCUACAUUGAUGACUCGGCAUGCAUAUGUGAAAAAGAAAGCGAGACUGGACUCUCUGUAAUUGACCAGGCUUUGGGUGUCAAGAAAGAUGUUACCUGUACCGACUUCCAACUGAAGUCUCAUUCAUCGUGGGGUACAACGGUUAAGACACUGGUGGGUGGAAGAGCCUGGGCGUACAGUGGAGGUGCAUGGGGAAAAGAGAAGGUCUGUAACAGUAGUAAUAUGCCUCAUCCAUGGCAUAUGUGGAAGCUUGAUAGUGUUCAUGAACUCCUGAAGCGUGAUUAUCAGCUUAGACCUGUUGCUAUUGAAAUAUUUAGCAUGGAUGGUUGUAAUGAUCUUCUAGUAUUUCAUAAGAAGGAGAGGGAAGAAGUCUUCAAGAACCUGGUGGCUAUGAAUCUCCCGCGGAACAGCAUGUAUAUGUCUACACUUUUUUCUAUUGGUUGAUGUUUUUAUCUGGUUAUAUAUCUUCUACCUUCUAUUUGUGAUGUUUCUAUUUGUACUAUGUUCAUGAUUUAGCUAUGGAAGUAUUGUGCUGACAGCGCAAAUUAUAUAACUUUGAGAGCAUUGGUCCCCUAAUUUGCAUAUUAUCUAGGACCGACCUAUAAAUUGUCUUGCAUGUAUUAGUUCAUGACUGGCCGAUCACUUUCAGAGAAAGGACCAUGGCAAAUCAAUUUCUUGAUGUGGAAUGACCUUUCAUGUCGUAAAAUAAGUUCCAUUGAUUUUUUUUUCACUCUUUGCCAAAAGUCGGCGUCCAUAUGCAGCAGUCCAAGAUAAAAUAGUGGAAGCUUCCUCUCUAAUUAUGUAAUAAAAAUGUUGAGCUGUGUAACUCACUUGACCUGCCUCGUUAUUGGAAAAUUAUAGGUCAACAAUCAUACUUGAAGCUUCUUCCAUUCUGGAGUCUUGUUGGCAAGGCAGAAAAAUUCUCUGUGGUGUCAAAGGAUGAUCUAAUCUAUUUCUGCAUCAAAUGCCACUCACGUCUGAUCAAUCUGUUUUUAUUGUUUUACCUUGCUCUCGUUACAAUUUAAUGUGUCUUCACUUUUUCAUCUCGUACUUCUAUCUCCUCCUAAAGAUUUAGCGAAGUAGGUGUUAGACUUAUCCUGGCAUUGUACUAGUUUUUACUCUUAAUCUGUAGACUAAUGAGACAAUAAGCAAAGACGGGCGUGGAUUAUGCUGACCUUUCCAAUGAUGUUAAAUUCAUAUCGACGCAUCAUAAGUGCUGAAAAAGGGUGGCACUGAUCGACUUCAAAUGUAUUCCCAGGAUAUGCCCUUUCCUUUGGUAUUUUUCUUGCUGAUUGCCUAGUAUUUUGGUUGACGAAUUUCAUGACAUGGAAAUGUGAUAAAGAUAAAACUUAUGAUGUGUUAUUGAGAAUCACCGUUGUCUGUUGGAGUAAUUUUUCUCUCAACUCAGUUGGCACCAUGGCUACAAGUUUUUUUUUCUUGCUAUGUUGGCUUGUAGUUGUCAUUUAACAUGGAGUUUGACAGCAAGUGUCCUAUGAACUUGCCUCACUGUUGAUAGGCCAAAUUGAAUUUUAUCUUUUGCUAACAAACUAUGAACGUGAAUUUUGUGUGACAGGUUGGACAUAACCAUAUCAGGCUCAUCAAGGCAGGAGAGUAAUGAGGGAAGCCGCCUUUUUAAGAUUAUGGCUAAAUCAUUCUCUAAGAGAUGGCAAAAUGGAGAAAUUACCAACUUUCAGUACCUCAUGCAUCUUAAUACCCUUGCUGGUCGUGGAUACAGUGAUCUCACCCAGUAUCCAGUGUUUCCAUGGGUUCUUGCAGAUUAUGAGAGUGAAACAUUGGAUUUAACAAACCCUAAAACGUUCCGCAAACUGAAUAAGCCUAUGGGCUGCCAAACAGCUGAAGGAGAAGAUGAAUUUAAGAAGAGGUGAGAACAAUUUCUCGACUUGGCUUUCUACGAUCUGGUUUGUACAUUGUGGUCGAUACCUGUGCUAAUAUAGAUUUUCUUUCUUAUUGUGUGGCUUUAGGACUAAAUUGAUGCUAAUUUCAUUGUAAAUUCAGAUGGUACGUUCCCUAUUUGAAGUGAUUCCCCUUUUUCUUGCCCUUUCAGAUAUGAAAGUUGGGAUGACCCAGAUGUUCCAAAAUUUCACUACGGUUCACAUUAUUCCAGUGCUGGAAUCGUACUUUUCUAUCUGCUUCGCUUGCCACCAUUUAGCAUAGAGAACCAGAAGCUCCAAGGUGGACAAUUUGAUCAUGCUGACCGUCUAUUCAAUAGCAUAAAGGACACAUGGCUCAGUGCUGCUGGAAAGGGUAACACCUCUGAUGUGAAGGAACUGAUUCCAGAGUUCUUCUACAUGCCUGAGUUUCUAGAGAACCGUUUUAAUCUCGACUUGGGAGAAAAACAGUCUGGGGAAAAGGUGUCUCAUCAAAUAUGCCCUAUUACUUUUUACAUUCAUUUCAAUUUUCUUUGUUUCAUAUUUCUUUCAUUCUUGAUUUUCUCAACCAAGGACAAUGAUGCUGUAUAAUGUGAAUAAUUAUAUUGUUUCUACUCCAGGUUGGUGACGUUGUCCUGCCUCCAUGGGCCAAAGGCAGUCCUAGAGAGUUCAUAAGGAAACACCGGGAAGCACUGGAGUCAGAUUAUGUUUCAGAAAAUCUCCAUCAUUGGAUUGAUCUUAUAUUUGGUUAUAAACAGCGCGGGAAGGUGAGUAAAUAAUUCUGGAAAAUCCUUUUGUCAUGUCUCUUGUUCUACGGGCAUCAGGAUACUUCAAUUUUGCCAGUGAAUAUUUGAUUAUUUUCUCUAGGAGAAAAAUCUAGGUUUUACUUGCCAGGAACUUGUGAUGCCCUUUGAAAUGCUAACUGAAAUAUGUGGUAUACCCUGAUUUCGAUUAUCUAUCGAUACUUUGCACUGCCCGGAUUUUAACUGGAUCAGAUCCAGCAUAGAUGUAUCUCCUUUUAAAUGCAAAGUUUCAUUGGAUGUUAGCAAUGUCUAGUUUGUAGUGAUCAGACUUGCAGAUCACUAUGUGAUAUCAUUUGCUGAUUUUCCAUCAUGUUUCGAUUUAUAACAAUCCCAUGGUGCAUUGUUAUUCAUAUCAUUAUGGCGGGCUGUUAUUCUCACUUUCUUGAGGUUUCUCCUUUUGACCUGUUCAAAAGCACUCUUUAGGGUUACUCCCCAUAACUAUGAUCAUGAACUGUGGGAGAGGUAUUAUUCCUUCCUGUCAGCCAGCUGGCGUCACUUGGCCUUUUUGCACACGCUCCUCUCUCAAGAGACGAGUCUCGGAGUUUGCCUGCCCCUUGGCCCAACACCCCAUGCGGAUUAAAUCCUCCAUUUUGGGCCUUUAUGUGGCCAACAGACUCGUUGUCACAUCCCACUGAAUCUUUGAGUCCCAUUUGGCAAUGAGCCAAUCCACAUGUUUAAGGUUUUGUUUCUGUCGCCAUUAUCCUACUUUAUGUGAGGAACGAACCAAGGCCAUUGUUCAUACAGUGCACAAAUGUCAUACUCGAACAAUAAACAGAUAUGCAUGUUAGUAAAUAGAUUCAAGCAGUAUAGGCAGGAGGUUAUCUGAGUCCAUUGAUUCACCUUUAGCAUGCCACAGUUUUUCUCACCGGUUCCUCUUUAUUCCACAGGCGGCGGAAGAUGCUGUAAAUGUUUUCUACCACUACACAUAUGAAGGCAGUGUAGACAUAGACUCUGUCUCGGAUCCAGCGAUGAAGGCUUCCAUUUUGGCGCAAAUAAAUCAUUUUGGUCAGACACCAAAACAGCUUUUCCAAAAGUCCCAUGUGAAGCGGAGAUCUGACAGGAAAGUGCUGCCCCAUCCUCUCCGCCACAGUGGGCAGCUCACACCCCACGAGCUCCGCACCUCUCCAUUGUCAAUUUCUCAGAUCACGAGCUUCCACGAGAAGAUUCUCAUCGCAGGAGGAAAUAGCUUGCUCAAGCCUGCGACCUACAGCAAGUAUGUGGCAUGGGGCUUUCCCGACCGCAGCUUAAGGUUCCUCAGCUAUGACCAAGAUCGACUCCUCUCCACCCAUGAGAACCUUCAUAGUGGAAACCAGAUCCAGUGCGCCGGAGUCAGCCAUGAUGGUCAGAUUCUGGCCACAGGCGCCGACGACGGGGUCAUCGCAGUUUGGAAGAUCAACAAGGAUGGCCCACGCGGCCAGCAGCGCCUGCACUUGGAAAGGGCUCUCUGUGCCCAUAUGGCCAAGAUCAUCUGCCUCUGCAUCAGCCAACCUUACACCCUCAUCGUCUCAGGAUCAGAAGACUGCACGGUAAUACUGUGGGACCUGAGCAGCUUGACUUUUGUGAAGCAGCUGCCCGAGUUCCCUGCACCACUGUCAGCCAUCCAUGUCAACGAUCUGACGGGGGAGAUCAUCACGGCUGCUGGUGUUCUCCUGGCUGUUUGGAGCGUUAAUGGUGAUUGUCUUGCCGUGGUGAACGCCUCCCAGCUCCCAUCCGACUCCAUCCUCUGCAUUACGAGCGCAAUGUUCUCAGACUGGCUGGACACGAAUUGGUAUGUCACAGGCCAUCAGAGUGGGGCUGUCAAGGUCUGGAACAUGGUUCACUGCUCUGCGGAGGAAAGCACCACGAGAAUUAAGCCGUCUUCCAGUGCUGCUAACUUGGGUCUGGAUUCUCUGAUGCCCGAGUACCGGCUGGUCCUUAGAAAGGUUCUGAAGGCCCACAAGCACCCAGUCACUGCUCUCCACAUCACGACUGACCUCAAGCAGCUGUUGACUGGGGACUCCGCCGGACAUCUGCUUUCUUGGACUCUCCCUGAGGAGUCUCACAGGGGGUCCUUUAAUUAUGGGUGA